GUGUAGAAUCAAAGAUGAGAGUCAUGAGUUAAUUUCUCACACAUGCACUGCAUACCUUGGAUGCAUUAUCAACUGCUUUGGAUACAAUCCAAAUAUAAAUGUGUAGUGAGCAGAAAUGACAAAAAUAUUGUAUGAAAGCAUGGGAUGUCUGUGGUACAUUUGCAUUAUGGAUGUGUGGCAGUGUAUCGUGAGACUGGAGCACAUGUGCUCAUGGUGACGGAAGCGAGUGUGAACACUGAGUUUCCUUAUUCCUCAAAAAUGAAACUUAAGUGUGGUGCUAUGCUGCAGCAAACAGAUUCUUCCCUUUUCAGUAAACAUCAGCAUGACAACUGUGGAAAUGUGCAAAACUGUGGUUUAUAUGUGAAAGCAUGACCUGUCGAGGGGUUAGCAAACUGGAGCAUUUAUAAGUAAGACCCCUGCUCCCACGUCUCAGAGCAGAUGAACUGCACCUGACAAAGAGACUGGAACAUGAGCAUUUUCAAAGUUAUCCUUUUAGUCAGCAUCAGCACACAGUGUCACGCAGACACGGUGAAUAUGAGCGUCCGGCUGGAGCAGAAUGUCACUCUGCCCUGCUUCCUGAACUCCAGCUCUGAGAUGGCAUGGUAUCGACUGAGCUCUGAGAAGAUUACUUUACUCAUAUCUGCAGCAAGAGGAAACCUUAAAAAAGAAGAUUUAGUUACUUACUAUAAUGAGAAUGGAAGUCACUUUGGGCUGGAAGCAGACAGGAGGCUUGACUCGGUCAGCCUGGUGAUCGCUGGGGUCAGAGAGUCGGAUCUGGGGCUGUACUACUGCGCUCUUGGUGUCAGUGCAAAGACGAUGCGCUUUGGGACUGCUGUCCGACUCACAUUUGCAGAUGCUGAACAGCAGCGUUCGUCAGAUAGUGUGGGCUGCAGGACGCUCUUGGUCUGUGCUUGUGUCAUGUGUGGGUUUUGCAGUAUUCUCUGCGUGUGUGUGCUCUGUUACAGGCAAGGUUCUUCCAGGGUCUCCUGCACCAGCUGCGUGUCAGAAAACUCAAAUAUCAAGGCAGCACAAGUACAGUACGCCAGUCUCCGGUUCCUCAGACGGUCUAGAGCCGCGCCUCCCGCUCCAGUCAACGUGACAUACGCAGCUAUAACCAACCACACGUCCUGAUUUCACUGCAUUUAAUCAGCUUCAUACUAACAGAGACAGUUUAAGAAGUCUACUAUACCAACAUCUAUACUCUGAACUUAUUCCAAGCCUGUAGAAAAAAACAUUAUUUAUACAAUACCAUUCAAAAGUUUGGGGUUGGAAUGAUUUUUAAAGGUUUUGAAAGAAGUCUGUUUUGUUCACCAAGGCUACAUUUAGUUGGUUUAAAGGGGUCAUCGAAUGCAAAAUUCACUUUACAUGUUGUUUAAACAUAAAUGUGUGUUGGAAGUGUGUGUACACAUCCAACCUAUAAUGAUAAACAUCCACCCAGUGGUUUUUUUAAAAAAUCCCCUUUCUCAAAUCAGGCUGCUCUGAGAUUCCUGUCAGAAUGAUGUAGUUCUGCACAGGCCCCUCCCACAAUAGUUGAUUGACAAGGCUGUCUUACCUUAGACCCGCCCUGAGUGAGCUGUGAUCUGUCCACCAUUGUGUCAAGUCCAGUGCAGGGGAAGACACAGAAUAAAAGAAUGACUCGUGUUGUGUUGUUGAUGUAAUGAUGAACACAGCAGUCAUCAUUUACUGCUAACAUCUGAGCGCUGAACACGCAGUGGAUUACAUUUGUUUCUGAAGAGAAUGUGUCCUGAUCUUCAUGAAUGUGUCUGUUCACGCGAUCAUUUGUGAUCCAGCUUCACCUCCAGAAGAAGUGAGUGGAAGCUUCUUUAAUCAAUCUUUGGCCUUUCCUAAUCAUGUGUUCGUUAGCAAGAACAGCUCGUCAGUCCUCUGAAGAGAGGGGCGGAGUCAGCUCAUUAGCAUUUAAAGGGACAUGCACCCAAACGGCUUGCUGUGAACAGAGCUGUUUUUGACAGGAUAAAAAGGUGUUGUUUUACACUACCACUGAGAAACUUUAACCAAAGUAUGAUAUAGACGUUUCUUAAGACCCUAAAGAAUCUUAUCAACUUGUGGAAAAUGGGCUUCUGAUGACCCCUUUAAAUACAGGAAAUAAUGUGAAAUAUUUUUGCAAUUUAAAAUAACUGUUUUCUU